AUGAAGGAGCCCAACACGAGCACAGAGUCAAGGACAAUGUCGGAGUCCACUAAUGUGGAAACUCUGGAGAAAGAUGUCGAGAACGAUGUCCAGACUGUCACGAAAGAACCGGAGUACCCACCUCUGUCCAAGGUUAUCAUCAUUAUCUUGGCUCUCUACCUCGCCGUCUUCCUAGUCGCGCUCGACCAAACCAUCAUCGGUGUCGCCAUUCCCAAGAUCACGGAUCAGUUCAAGAGUAUCUCCGACAUCGCCUGGUAUGGAAGUGCCUACUUCCUGACUUCCACUGCUUUACAACCGUCCUAUGGUAGGAUAUACAAGAUCUUCAGCGUAAAAUGGGGCUUCCUGGUAGCAGUUCUCAUCUUCGAGAUCGGCUCGCUCCUCUGCGCCGUCGCUCCCUCCAGCACAGUCCUCAUCGUCGGACGCGCCAUUGCUGGAAUCGGCGUCGCAGGUAUCUUCUCAGGUGCCAUGGUCAUUAUCGCGUCUACAGUCCCCCUUCCCAAGCGCCCUCUUGUCUUUGGAAUGUUCGGUAUGGUCUGGGGAAUCGCAUCCAUCGCAGGCCCGCUACUUGGCGGUGCUUUCACAGACGGCGUCUCGUGGAGAUGGUGCUUCUAUAUUAACCUGCCGAUUGGUGGUCUUUCUAUCGUGGUCAUCUUGCUCUUCCUUCGUCUCCCGAAGAAGAACGAUAAGUCUGGUUCCAUUCUGUCGCGGAUCAAGCAGUUGGAUCUCAUCGGUGCCAGUCUGCUCAUCCCUGCUAUUAUCUGUCUGCUGCUUGCUCUUCAGUGGGGAGGAAAUAAGUACCCGUGGAACGACUCACGUAUCAUUGGACUGUUCGUUGGAUUCGGUCUUAUGGUCAUCCUCUUUAUCGUGUCGCAGGUCUAUCUCGGCGAAAAGGCAACCCUCCCACCUCACAUCCUCAAGAAGCGCACUGUUCUGUCCGCGUGUUUGUUCGCCCUUUUCUUUGGCGGUGCCUUCUUCGUCCUCGUCUACUACGUGCCGAUUUUCUUCCAGAGUGUCAAGGGCUCUUCAGCUAUGAAAUCUGGUAUCCAGCUUCUCCCCCUCAUGUUGGCUACUGUCGUCUCCUCUGUCGUCUGUGGUGGUUUGAUCACCAUCGCAGGAUACUACACACCCUUCUUAAUCGGAAGUGUUGCCAUCGCUGCCAUCGGCACGGGUCUCAUCACCAUGUUCGACGUCGACAUCUCCACCGGAAAGUGGAUCGGGUACCAAAUUGUCGUUGGUGCCGGAGUCGGCGCCGGAUUCCAGGUUCCCAUGACCGCUGUCCAGACUGUUCUUGACCCAUCUGACAUCCCGGUGGGAACAGCUAUGGUGAUGUUCUUCCAAACCCUUGGCGGUGCUUUGUUCAUCGCAGUUGGCCAGUCUGUCUUCCAGAAUGGAUUGAUCGAUGGUAUUAGAACCUAUGCCCCAAGCGUGAACCCCGAUGCCAUUGUUGGUGCUGGUGCAACUGAGAUGCGACACGUUCUUGGCCAGCUUGGACAGCUCGAUCAACUUGACGGCGUCACCAGGGCGUACAUGAGUGGCCUGCAGGAUACCUACCGUGUUAGUCUGGCGCUCAUGGUUGCCGCGUUCGUGGCCAGUCUCUUCUUGGAGUGGAAGAGUGUGAAGAAGGCCGGUGGUGAUAAUAAUGAGGUAGUUGUUCCGGCUCUGUGA